AAAAUCGUAUGUCAUCUGUCAACUGUCAACCAUCUGUCAAUUAUCUGCCACCUAUUUAGUGUUAAAACAUAUUUAAUUUAUAAUAUUUAGUAAUUAAUAAUUAGUGAAAAAGUAUUUUUAAAAAUAUGGAAGCAUUGGAUUUAAUUGAAAGAAGAAUAAAUAAAUUAGAAAAUAUAAUUGGCAAUGUUCCAUCUAAUAACCGAAGUGGCGAGACAAUAUCUGAUACUCUCUCCAAUGUUGGAUCAUUAUUAAGUACAGCCACAGAAGGCCAUGAAAAGCUUGGUGAAAUGCUUAAGAGAUCUGAAGAACUCGACAACUACAUGGAUCCAAAUUUCAUUGAUAAUCAUCAAUUAUUAGAUUUAAAAAAAACUUACAUAAUGGCUGUGGGUGAUGAUAUUAUGAGCAAUGUGGAAAAAUAUAAAGAAAUAGUAAAACUGGCACCUGUUCUGGAUUCUCCAAACCUAAAAGAUCUUCCAGAUAUCACUGACAACUUGGCAGUACUUCGCAAAGAUAUUCUUGAGCAAAAACAAAGUAGUGAUUUUAUUGAGGAAAGUCUAAUUCUUGCGAUGCAAAGAUAUGGUGAAAUCCAAAAGAACAUAAUGGAGUCCCUAAUAAAAAUGAAUCUUCGAAUUGAUGAACUGGAAUCAAAAGUGAAGGCAGUUAAAAAAUGA